AUGGCUCCUCACGUUGACAAGACGCACUGUUCCGAGCCUGACGCUGCAUUUGUCAAGGUUGAAAUCGAGAAUAAGCCUCGCCCUCCUCCUCUGCCUGCCAAUAUCGAGAUCUCGGCCCUACGACAGCAUACAAAUAAUGAAAAGCUCAAAGCUCGCAAGGCUCUUGGUGCCGCAGGCCCAGGAUUAAUAGAACAAGACAUCAAAAUUCCCGUCGAGGGGCGGGAACUAGAUGCGUACGUUUAUGCACCUUCUCGCGAGUCCCCUGCCGGAUCUCUUCCCAUAUAUCUCUUUCUCCACGGGGGCGGCUUCUGUAUCGGUAACCGGUUUGAUGAUAUGGAGUCAAACAGACGUAUUGCACUCGAAGCCAAUAUCGUCGUCGUCAGUCUUGAAUACAGUCUUGCGCCUGAACAUCCGUUCCCGCAAGCCGUCUAUGAUGCACUAGAGACAUUGCAGUGGAUUGCGAAAAACCCCGCUGCAGUGCAUCCAUCAGCCUCAGUGUCUCGAGGUCUGAUCCUUGGCGGCACCUCGGCUGGUGCGAACAUCGCCAACGCAGUUGUCUAUCUCAAUCGUGAUCAAGAUGAUCCGGUACAAAUCACCGGACAGUUUCUCAGCGUACCACCUCUUCUACCAUUUCCAGUCGUUCCUGAUAAGUAUAAAGAGGACUACGUGAGCUUUCAACAGAAUCUUUCCGUCACAAUCCCACCACCCGAGCUUGUGCAAGCCUUUAUGAAGGCAUACAAGCCCGACAUCAACUCGCCGCUCUUUGUUCCCUUCAACCACCCGCGAGGCCACGCAGGCGUCCCGCCCACUUACAUUCAAGUCUGCGGGAUGGACAGCUUACGCGAUGAAGGGUUGAUCUACGAGCGAGUGCUGGCGGAAGAAAAUGGAGUCCCUACAAGACUUGACAUAUAUCCUGGACUGCCGCAUCACUUUUGGGAGUUCUUCCCAACAUUGGAUCAACACAUUGAGAAAAGGACAAAUGAUAGUGUGAAGGCCAUACUUUGGCUAUUGGAGAUAGGACAUAAAGCUGCGGCUAGAUGA